UGGUGAAACCAGUCGUGGGACACCCUCCAGGAAACUCUGAGCACUUUCAGGAUCUCAGUGAGGGAGGCGGUGCGCUGGACUCGGACCUGCGACAGUCCUCGUUAGAGCCCUCCUUCUUCUUUUCCUCGCUCCCUCUCUUCAUUCCACCACUUCACGGAGGGCAGGCGGUGUGACAGCAUCCUCCUCCUCCUCCCCGCUGGGUACCGGCCGGCCCCUCCACACUGUGUGGCAGCAGGGCUACCGCAGCGCAGCGCACCGGAGCGGAGCUGGAGGAGAGGAGAAGCGAACAGGAGAGGAGAGGAGAAGAGGAGGAGGAAGACGGACUGUCUCCCCUCGGACAGGCGGGAUUAUAGGACUCUGCAGCAUCCCGUCGCUUCAACAUGCCUCUGGGGAGUAAGAGACUCGCUGGGAUUACUGCGCUGAUCGGCUCGCUGCUGCUCGGCUCCUGUGGGACAGGUGCGGAAGAGGUUUGUGACAGCCCACUGGUGUUCAACUUGCCACCGUCAUCCUUCAGAAGCUCCUCCCAGCUGUCCAGCAGCCAUGGGCCUGUCUUUGCUAAGGUCAACAGGAGAGAAGGAGCUGGAGGUUGGUCUCCUUUUGUCUCAGACAGAUACCAGUGGUUGGAGGUGGACUUGGGGAGGCGGACCCAAAUCACAGCUGUUGCCACACAGGGACGAUACGGCAGCUCUGAUUGGCUGACGGCCUACCUGUUGAUGUUCAGCGACACGGGACACAACUGGAGACAACACCGGCAGGAGGACAGCUUCGGGGCUUUUCCAGGUAACAGUAAUGCAGACACUGUGGUCCAGUACAAACUGGAGCAGCCUGUUAUAGCUCGCUACCUGCGCUUGAUCCCUCUUGACUGGAACCCCACUGGGCGGAUUGGACUCAGACUGGAAAUAUAUGGAUGUCGAUAUACUUCCGAUGUGGCAAACUUUGAUGGCAGCAGCAGUCUUGUCUUCAGGCUGAGCGUUAGGCUGAGCCGGACAGCGACAGAGAUGAUCUCUAUGAAGUUUAAAACCCUGAAGAAUUCUGGGACGCUGCUCCACGCAGAGGGACCGAGAGAUCACAGCCUCACUCUGGUGCUGGAGAAAGGGCGGCUGCUGCUCUAUCACCAACAAGGUGUGAGCUCAUCCUCUGGUGGUCAGCUUCUUGUUUCUCUGGGCAGUCUGCUGGACGACCAGCACUGGCACCACGUUAAACUGGAGCGGCUCAGCACUCACCUCAACCUCACUGUGGAUAAAAACACACAGCAGGUUCACAUACCAGCUGAGCUCAGCCACUGGGACAUUCACCAGCUGAGUGUGGGAGCUGUCCAGGGCCACGGACUGCAGAAACCCAUCCUGUCCAAUAGGAAUUUCCAUGGCUGCCUGGAAAACCUGCUCUACAACGACCUCAGCCUGAUAAACCUGGCUAAACAGAGCAACCACCAGGUCGCUGUAGUGGGCAGUGUGACCUUUUCUUGUGCUGAGCCAGUUUCGGUCGCUGUAACGUUCACUGACUCCCAGAGCUUCCUGCAGUUGCCCGGACUGGCGUUGUGGUCAUCAGGGGUUGUCGCUGUGGCGCUGCAGUUCAGGACGUGGAACAAGGCGGGGCUGCUGUUGACCUUUGACCUCCCUCACCUGGACAGCACAGUUUGGUUGUACCUGAGUGAGGCCAGACUCCGCUUACAGAUCAGUAAAGCAGGCAGGGCCACACUGGAACUCAGCGCAGGUUCAGGUCUGAAUGAUGGUCAGUGGCAUUCAGUGGAGAUGAAGUCGGGACAAGAUCGUCUGAGCAUCACAGUGGACAAAGACGAAGGAGCCACUGCUCACACCAGCAUCCCACUUCCUCUCACUGCAGACAGUCAGCUCUUCUUUGGUGGUUGUCCUGCUCAGCAGAGCGGUUGGGAGUGUAGGAACCCCUUCAAAAUGUUUCAGGGCUGUAUGCGUCUCUUGACUCUGGAUGACCAACCUGUGGACCUAAUAAAAGUGCAGCAAAGGCUGCUGGGAAACUACAGCCAUUUGCAGAUUGACAUGUGCGGCAUCAUCGACAGGUGUUCCCCCAGUCACUGUGAACAUGGAGGUAGAUGUACUCAGUCGUGGAGCACCUUCCACUGUAACUGCUCCAACAGCGGCUACAGAGGAGCCACAUGCCACAGCUCGACAUACGAGCAGUCGUGUGAGGCGUACAAACACAAAGGCAACGCGUCAGGACAUUAUUACAUAGAUGUUGACGGCAGUGGACCAAUCAAACCCCAGCUCAUCUACUGUAACAUGACAGAGGACACAGCGUGGAUGGUGAUCCAGCACAACAACACAGAGCUGACCAGAGUUCAUUCGUCCCCUGAGAGAAGCCAACAUUCAGCCCACUUUGAUUACGCCUCUGAGGAGGAGCAGUUGACGGCCGUCAUCAGCCAGUCGCAGCACUGUGAGCAGGAGCUGUCCUACUACUGCAGGAAGUCCCGCCUCCUCAACACACCAGAGGGUGCUCCUUUCAGCUGGUGGGUGGGAGGUCUGGAUCCAGGUCAGAUCCAGACCUACUGGGGAGGAGCUCAGCCCGGCAGCCGUCAGUGUGUCUGUGGUCUGCAGGACACCUGUCUGGAUCCAGAUCACUACUGCAACUGUGAUGCUGACUACGACCAGUGGGCUAAUGACUCAGGCCUGCUCACCCACAAAGAGUCCCUCCCAGUCAGGUCUCUGGUGCUGGGUGACAUCCAGCGGCCAGGGUCGGAGGCUGCCUACAGGGUGGGACCCCUUCGUUGUCAUGGAGAUAAGAAUUUCUGGAACGCUGCGUUUUUUGACACAGAGAAGUCUUACCUUCACUUCCCCACCUUCCAUGGGGAACUAAAUGCUGACAUCUCCUUUCUGUUUAAAACCACGUCCUCCUCUGGGGUCUUCCUGGAAAAUCUUGGCAUCAAGGAUUUCAUCCGCAUUGAACUCAGCUCCUCCUCUGAGGUCGUCUUCUCCUUCGACGUGGGGAACGGGCCGCUGGAGGUGCGAGUGGAGACGAGCGUCCCGCUGAACGACAACCGGUGGCACAGCGUGCGAGCCGAGCGAAACGUGAAGGAGGCGUUGCUCCGCGUCGACGAGUUCCCUGCCGCCACGCAGGAGGCUCCUGCUGACGGACACAUCCAUCUGCAGCUCAACAGCCAGUUAUUCAUAGGAGGCACUGCGUCCAGACAGAAGGGCUUUCUGGGCUGCAUCCGCUCCCUGCAGCUUAACGGUGUCACUCUGGACCUGGAGGAGAGGGCGAAGAUCACCCCCGGGGUCCAACCUGGCUGCCCAGGCCACUGCAGCAGCUACGGCUCGCUCUGCCAGAACCAGGGACGCUGUGUGGAGAAAACCAACGGCUUCUUGUGCGACUGUGGUCAGUCUGCCUACACUGGAGCCUUCUGUCACAAAGAGGUUUCGGCCAGCUUUAAGUCGACAGUGUCCAUCACCUACAUGCUCAAGGAGCCAUAUGAAGUGAGCAGGAACAGCAGUGUCUGGCCCUCAUCCAUCUACUCUGAUAUGACGCUGAGAGGAGAAAACAUCUCCCUGAGCUUCAGGACCCACCAGAGUCCUGCUCUGCUGCUUUAUGUCAACUCUUUCUACAGGGAAUAUCUGGCCCUGCUAAUCAACAAACAUGAUGAGCUGGAACUGAGGUACAAGUUGCACAGCGGCAGAGAUGUGGAGGUGCUGGGCAGCAGAGUUAUGAACUUGGCUGAUGGACGUCUGCACACAGUGACCAUCAGGAGACUGGCAGACACUGUGUCUGUGCAGAUCGACCAGAAUGCCAGAGAGGACUUCAACUUGACAUCUGAUGUGGAAUUCAACAACAUUAAGUCACUCAUCCUGGGCAGAGUGCAGGAGUCUGACGAGCUGGAUGCAGAGCUGGCCGGGCUAGCCUCUCACGGCUUCACCGGCUGUCUGUCAGCUGUUCGCUUCAACUCCAUCACUCCUCUGAAAGCUGCUCUGCUGCACUCUGACAGCCCUGUCAUUGUCACUGGACCAUUGGUUCAGUCCAGCUGUGGUACCUCCUCUCCAGCCAAGCCCUACGCAGCAGAAACCACACACUCCUUAUCAGACCAGCCCGGUUCAGUGGAUCCAGGUCAACCUUUAGUCAACACCAUGAGGAGUGACUCAGCUCUAAUCGGAGGGGUGAUCGCCGUGGUGAUCUUUGUCACUGUGUCUGCGUUGGCGGUCAUGGCCAGAUUCAUCUGCAGCAGAAAAGAGACGUAUCGAAACCAAGAAGUCAAAGCAGCGCAGCCUGAAGACGGCCACGAGUUCCCCUUCAGCAGCCAGGCGGACUCUCAGGGUGCUCCCAGUGAAAACCAAAAGGAGUAUUUUAUUUAGCAGGAGCCCUGACCUCCCACUGACCUGACAGGACAGGGCGCUCAGUGCUUUACAAGACACCACAGAGUCCUUCAGCCACUGAUACCAGUGCAUCAACAAGAUGUGAAGUGAGAAACAGAACAAUUCAUGAUUUUAUUUAUUCCCUUCUGUUUGUACAUACUGUACACUUUACACAAACUGGGUAAAGUGUUAAAAGUGGACUUUGGAGUCGUCAGUUCUGUUACUUUGAGGAUGUAAAUAUUGAUUGAUAGAUAUUGAUUGAUUUGUCUGCUUACAGCACUAUAUUUCUCUGCCAUUCUGAAAUGUUACAAAUAAUUUAUCAAAAAGGAAAAUGCAGGAUAGACAUGGUGAUCAAAACACGACUUUGUUCCAGUUAAACUACACUUUUGGACUUGAUUUAUAAAGCAGCACUUUUUCUACAAGGACGAUGAAACUUCUGUGAAAUUUGAGAUGUCAGAGCCAUAUGUGACAAAACGUGAAGAUUCGACUGAGAGGAUUGACAUGCGUGUUUCCACAUGUUAAAAACUCAGCCAAAGCACAGUUGUAGAAUCAACUAAAAUCCAACUGAACCUAAUUUCACCACCUGCUGUAUAUAUGAACACAAAAUUAAAGUCACUCUUAAAACUUAACCUCCACAUUCCAAGUCUUUGAGUUAGUCAGAAAGCUUUUAUCUUACUCUUUGAGCUUUUCCUGAUAUCAUGAGCAGAAGCUUUACAAUGAAACUAUUUUUUUCAUUUUAGUUUUACUUCCUGUCUGUACCACCUGCUGUGAGCAGCCAACACCAGAAACUCUCAAAGCAGCUUUCAACAGUGAAGCUUUAAGCAGCAACGGGCUAUAAAACACUGACUGUCACCUUUUUCGCUCUGCAGACAUUUAAUGUGUUUUUGCUGAAGCACUAAUCUGUGUUUGCCUGACAGGUAGACUAAGAGAUAAUCAGAACAGGAAAUAGAAAGAACAGAAAAGAAGCUGACGGUGAGAUAUAAAUGAUGCAAUGAAAGCCAGCCAUCCAAAUAUUAAUGCUGGAUAUUUAUACUUCACUGUCUCUGCAGUGCUUUGGAUCGUGGGUGGGAUUUUAAAGGCAGGAGCUUUAAAAAAGUAGAAAAUUCUUCUUUCUUUUUCAUCUCCGUAUGGUUUCAUGCACUAUAAUUUUACCUCAUUACAGCGGAAUUGAAGUAUUAGCUCUUUGUGUCUCUUACCCUCUGUGAUUUCCAUACAAACAAAUGUCUGUUUUUUAAUACUCUUUAGCACAGAAUCAUUCCACACGGUAAUUAUAUAAAGUUCAUGAAACCAUUUUGAUUUGAUCUUGUAAAACACCUGCUGUCUGAGAAAAGCGUUUUUCUUUCCCUCAGUAAGUAACAGGAUAAUCACCGCCAUUACAGAUCCAGGCUUUACAAGGGGUGAUUGAUAAGUGCAUAGCCUGAGGUAGAAGUAGAUGACUUAAACAGCUCAUUACAUGCAUGUGCACUUCAAUCUUUUGAGUCAUUAUGCAGUUUGAGCUUAAUAACUUCUAUGGUAUUUCUAAUUGAAAGUCAGCAUUGUCUGAAAAAAUGGUCCUUUGUUGUAAUGACGUCAUUGUCACUGUCAAAUGGGUGAAUCAGGUGAAAGGGACAGGAAGAAAUAAGCAGUGGAGACAACAUUUAAUAUCAUCGUGAACAUCUGAUUGAUUUUAAGCUGUGGUUUGACUCUCACAACAGAUGAAGCCUCAUGCAUGAGAUUUUAGAUGUUUGAUGGAUGGUUUGGACAACUGUUCAGAAUCUACGCUGGCUGAUUUCAUCUGUGGCAUCCCUGAUCAUAAUCAGACCGAAUACAGGCAACAUUUCCUCCUGCCAAAUUGUCAUCCUGGUCAGUGCCAACACUGAAAUGCUGUUACAUAUCAACAGUGACAUGCUACAGUUGUUUGCUCCUCUGACUCCAAUCUGAUGUCAAAAGCAAAUGUUUCUCAGUCAUUUUCCAAAGCAUUAAUCUAAAAACCACAUCAGAUCAGUUUUAUUUUGAGAGAAUUCCCCAUGUUGAAUUCACCUCUGUUAUGGCAACUAUGUUUAUGUGCAUAUGUUAAUCAGUUUAGUCACAAUUAUGUAAACUACAGCUACAACACUGAUUCAACAAUGUUGGAUAAUGUCUUGAGUACAACAUUCCCUCUUGUUUAAACAGCAGUACAGUGUGACUGAGUUUAUUCAGAGCUUUCACUGAAGAUGUGCUGGCUUUAGUAUAAAAAUAGAUACUAAAGAGUAUGGUGUUUACAAGCUAUUCGACAAUGUGACGAAUAUUUCCCUCUGCAUGUCUCGCCGACUGCAGUAAGACUGUGAAUCUGAGAUCAAGGUGUUUACAUUAAGUCAUUUCUCAAUCACAGAAUCCCAGUAGCAGUGUGCAUGUUAUUACAGCUUCAUUGUCAUCACCUGUCAAACUCUUGUCAACAGUCAGGACAAGGAUGAAGGAGCGGUUUGAGUUUUCUGUUUUCUGAACAUUUAAGUAGUCACGUCCCUUUUAUGGCUGACAGUGGAUUACUUUCUUGUGCCGACAACCUCCUGGUUAGAAUAGAAAUGAUAAACUGCAACUACAAUAAUGUAACAAUGCUGUAUUUGUGAACAAUUGUAAUAGCUAUUAGUGACAUUGAGUGAUUUUUCUGUAAAUCAAUCUAAGGUUUUCUCUAUUAAGAUGGUUUGAUUAAUUGCAAAUCCCUGCUCCGUAAUAAUAAAAUAGCUUUUU